AUAAAUUUCCAGCAGUUAGGGUUUUAGCAGUACAAGUUGCGAAGCUUAGAGGGGCGGCGAGCAGUGAUCAAUUCAUUCUCUCGAUCGCUCAACAACAAUGGGUCAUUCAAAUGUCUGGAACUCACAUCCGAAGAAUUAUGGCCCCGGCUCCCGGACAUGCCGGGUUUGUGGAAACCCUCAUGGUUUGAUCAGGAAAUAUGGUCUGAUGUGCUGCAGACAGUGCUUCCGCAGCAAUGCCAAAGAAAUUGGAUUCAUCAAGUAUCGCUGAAUGUCUGAAGGAUCUAUUACAUGUGCAUUGCUCGUGGCUUUGCGUGAAGUAAGAUGCAAAGAGAAGUUGGUCUUCUUUUUUUUCCCCUCCCUUCUGUCUUCAUCAGUUAUGUAUUGCUGGAUUAUGAAGCUAUUAUUAAUUGUUAGUUAUUUAAUAUUUUAGCAGAACACAAAAUUUUGUUCUACGGAUUUUGUGCAAGAAUAUUGUAAGAUUUUAUUUCUUUUGAUGUAACUUAUGUUUUGCUUAAAAUAAUUAUCUUUUGUUCCAUAA